AUGAAGAGCUUCGCCAAGUCCCUACGCCAACUGACAAUCGUCAGCUUAGCCUUUGGCGCCUAUGCACAGGAGAUUCCCCUCCGCAUCAUGCCGCUUGGAGCCUCCAUCACUUGGGGCUACCUCUCGAGCACUGGAAACGGCUACCGCCAAGAUUUGCUCGAGAGCUUGAACGGCGCCGGCUACACAGUCGAUUACGUCGGCAGCCAACAAAGCGGCACCAUGGCCGAUCCGGACAAUGAAGGGUACCCUGGCCUCCGUAUUGAGCAAGUUCAGACGAAGGCCGAGGAGAAUGUGCCAACGUAUCUCCCCAAUGUGUACACGAUCAAUGUCGGGACCAACGAUGCGGUGCAGAAUUUCGAUGUGCCGAAUGCUGGCAGCCGCAUGAAUGACCUCCUCAGCUACCUGUGGUCAGCAACACCGGACGCGACCGUGAUUCUGUCGACUCUGAUCAUCAACCUCAACGCAACCGUGGAUGCGCGGGCGCAAACCAUCAACACGCAGCUGACUUCUCUCGCCAGCCAAUUGGCAGGUGAGGGCAAGCGGAUUGUCUUGGCUGACAUGCACGGUUCCGACGGGCCUCAGUCGGAUGAAAUGGCAGAUAGCACGCAUCCCAAUGAUGUUGGCUACCAGAAGAUGGCCGAUAUCUGGUUCCGCGAGAUCCAGGAGGCCUCUGCAGCCGGAUUCAUCCAGCCAGCACCUUAG